AUCCUCUCCCCAUCCCUACCCUACCACCGGAGCAGCCAAGAAAGAAAUCUGGCCGCAAUCGUUUGGGGUGAACACGGCGGAGCUCCUCGUCUCCAAAUCCCUACACCCCUUGAGUCGUUCAUCUGCGGAAUCAUCCUUGCUUCUCUUGAGGUUCAUGGCAAGGAUCAAGGUAGUACACAGAGACAGACUGCAGUCCGAUUAGCAUCUCGUGCAAAUUCAUUCCAGUCCUGUUAGUCCUUGACGCGAACCAAGCUGACCGAAGCCCCGGCUUCCGAGCCUCGCCCUCGUUACGGCUGGCUGAGAUGGAGCCCGUGAGCGCGGCCACGGGGGCCAUGGGGUCCGUCCUGGGGAAGCUGGGCGCCCUGUUUGCCGACGGCCACGAGGUUUCCAACGGCGACGUCGAGUCCCUCAAGGCGGAGCUCCAGGCGGUGCACGCCUUCCUCAAGGCAACAUCCCAGGCCGAGGACCCCGGCGAGCGAGGCAGGCGCUGGAUGAAGGAGGCGCGGGAGUUGUCGUACGACGUGGAGGACGCGCUAGACAAGUUCAUGCUCCAUUCCCGCGACGGAUCUGGUGCUGCUGAUAACGACUCGGACGGUUUCUCUGAAAAGAUGAGCGCCUGGUUGUCGGAGGCGGCGGCUCGCCGUCGGACAGGCCAGGAGAUCAGCGAUGCCAUCUCCAGGGCCGGCGGCGCCGAGGCGGAGGAUCCCCGCCGGGACUGCUCUCUCUACAGAGAGACGGGUGAACCCGUGGGCGUCGACGGGCCGGCUGCUCAACUCAUCAGAAUGGUGGACGGAGGAGGGAAGCAAUUGGAUCUGGAGGUGGUUUCCAUGGUCGGGUGUGGGGGGCUGGGCAAGACGACUCUUGCUCGUCGCGUCUACGACACAAUGGGUCAGCAGUUCGAGUGUCGGGCUUUCGUCUCCGUCUCCCGGAGACCUCAUGUGGUUGCAAUUUUGAGCGACAUUCGGAGCCAACUGGGGUAUGAGUAUGCCCAAAGCUUAACUGAGGAUGCAAAAUCGCUCCUUGACAGCAUCUCCAAUUUCCUUCAGGAUAAAAGGUACUUCAUCAUAGUAGAUGAUGUAUGGGACGUUCAAACAUGGGAUAUUCUCAAGGGUGCCUUUCCAAAAGGCAAUUUUGGUAGCAGAAUAAUCACAACAACGCGGAUACAUGAGGUAGCCAAAUCAUGCUGUGCUUCAUGUGGGGGGCGAGUUUAUACAGUAAGCCCUCUCAGUGCCAUCGAUUCGGAAAGGUUGUUUUUUAAGUUGGUGUUCAAUUCUGGUGAGCAAUGCCCAUCCCACCUGAAAAGAGUUUCUGACAAGAUCUUGCAAAAAUGUGGUGGUCUGCCGCUGGCAAUUAUUGCUAUAUCCGGUUUGCUGAUUGCCAAUACGCAUGAAGAUCAGUGGGAGCAAGUGUACAGUUCUAUCAGGCAUGGACUUGGAAGCAACCCUGCCGUCGAAAGAACCAUGAGGAUUUUGUUGCUUGGCUACUUUGAUCUUACUCCUUGCCUGAAAUCUUGCCUGCUUUAUCUCAGUGUAUUCCCGGAAGGCUGUGCUGUCAAGAAGGAACGUCUGGUAAUGAGAUGGAUUGCCGAGGGGUUCAUUCCUGAAGAGCAUGGGCACACCCUUUAUGAAUCAGGAGAGAGGUGUUUUAACGAGCUCAUCGACCGGAACCUGAUCCAACCAGGGGAGAUAAAUAAGUUUGGGGAGGUGGAAAGCUGUCGAGUCCAUGGUAUAAUUUUUGAUUUCCUUGUAUCCAUGUCAAACCAAGACAAUUUUGUUACUUUAUUGGGUGUACCUGGUGUAAACCCUGAGCCAGGAAACAAAGUCCGUCGAUUGUCUCUACAGGGUGACAGUGAGAUUCCAGCAGAUCUUAUUUUGUGUAAAGCCCGGUCACUUUCUGUUUUUGGUCAUUGUGUUAAAAUGCCAUCGCUCUGGAAGUCCAGACACUUGCAUAUUUUAGAUUUGGUUUGUUCUGGGAAAGUAGAAGAUCAACAUCUUGCAGAAAUAGGUGGUCUGUUCCAUCUUAAGUACCUGAGGCUCAAGUCAAAAGUUGGAAAGCUUCCCCAGCAAAUAGCAGAGUUACAGUCCUUGGAGUCACUCGAGAUAUGUGAAAGCAACGCGACAACUGAGAUUCCACCAGCCAUCAAUCAACUUACACGGUUGGUACGUCUAGUUGUUCACGACGAAACUAUAUUACCGGAUGAAAUCGGUGGCCUCAAAGCAUUGCAAGUGUUGAGAGGUAUCAAUGUCAACACCCAGUCAACCAACUUUGUUCGGCAACUUUGCCUACUAUCAAACCUGAGGGAACUAAGCACAAGUUUUAUCAACUAUUAUGCGGGUGAUAACUGGAAGGAGAAUCAGGAAGAGAUGGUCAAUUCGAUUUGUAGGCUAGGCAAAGCAAAUCUUCAUGUUCUACAUAUUACUAUCAAUGAGGGAGCAGAUGAGAUCUUUGAGGAAUCAUGGUGCCCUGCUCCACUUAGUCUCCGAGAACUCGUUGUCGAGGUGGGCGUAGUCUCGACUGUUCCGAGAUGGAUUGGCUCACUUGUCAACCUCCAGAGAUUAGCCGUGCUUAUGUGGGAAGUUGGGGAGGAGGAUGUGGUGAUCCUGGGAAGCCUACCUGAUCUGCGCCAUCUUAGCCUCACUGCACUGGCAGCUGGGUCAAAAGAAGGGCGGCUUAGAGUCGCCCAAAGCCAUGGAUUCCCUUCCUUGAUCAGUUUCCAGAUCGGCGGAGAAGAGUGUGCACUGGGGUUAGUUUUUGAAGCUGGUUCCAUGCCGAAGCUACAAAAUCUUGAGCUUGAGUUCGACGCAGAGGAAACUAGUUCUGUGACUGAUGGUGAGUUUGAUUUUGGCAUCAAGCACCUCCCCUGCCUGACAAGCACAUCAGUUCGCUCUACUUGCGACGAAUCCAUUCGUCCAACAUUGGAGGCCGCCAUGGAGAGAUGCAUCAAGGACCAUCCCAACCAUCCCACGUUGAUAUGGACGAAAUGAACAUUUGGAAAAAAUCAAGCAGGCUGAUAGAAGCUGCAGUUAGAAUGAGCAAGAAGAUGGGUGAACAUGAUUUGUAGGGUGACAGUGGAAAGCCAAGAUGGGAGCAAUAUUGGUCCGAAUUUUUUUUUUGAUUGAAUAUCCGACUGAAGUUCUUGUUACAUUCAGUCAGUGGUAUUCUAUGUAUCCAAAAGUCAAAUGAGGGCGUGUUCCUAUUUUUCCUGAAAUGUUUCAGACACGAGCAA